UGUCGUUGAUGCGUGGCGGCGGAUAGGGAACCGGCUUUUGUGAGGGAAGCACAUUUUAAAUGCUUUUAUUUUUAAACUGUCGUGUCUUUCAGUCCCUCUUUAGAAAGCUGGCCCCUUGCCUGAAGUGAGCAUAGAAUAGGACUAACCUGAAGUCAUCUCCAAGUGAGCUCUUGCCUUUCCCGUUUGAAGCCUUUCCCGUUUGAAAACUAACUGUGGCGGCGAUGGUUCUGAAGAAGAAGAAAGUCCUCGACGUUGGUCGAAUUGUGCUCGACCAGCAUCAACUAGCGAGAUUGCGAUGCAUAGUAAGUGUUGAGGAGAAUGGUCUUGCAAAUCUUCUGCUGGAAUGUACACAGCUCACUGAUGGAAUACAACAACUGUGUUUGUUAAAGAAGAUUGGCUGUUUGUUAAGAAAAUUAGGUGGAGAUGAUGUGCGUAAUUCACAGAGUGCUACCUGUAUGGAAAUAUUGGUUAGAAUUUACUGGGGUCUGGAAUCCAGAAGCCCCCUGAAAAGAGCAACAGCAAGUGCAUUGAGUGGCAUUCCUGAAAACUUGAAGGAAGAAGUGGUUAGUUGUCUCAUCAGUUGCCUAAAGGAAGAAAUGUUGGUAGUGGAUAAAUCCCAUGUCAGGAAGGUGAUUGAUUCCAUUGCAGCAUGCAUGGAGAAUUUUAGCCUGGGUGAAAUGUGUACACAGUGCCUCUGUUUGGAUGUCCUUCAGUUUCUGCAUACGGCGUUAAUGGAUUAUAAGCUUCAAAAUAAGAACCUCAGUGGACAGCAUAUUCUGCAAAACAAGCUGAUGCAUGAUUUAUUGGCAGCCUUGAAAACUGCUAUGGUCCUUGUUCAGAAAGUUCAAGAGAAAAUACGUGACAUUCUCUGUAGAAAUACUCAGCCGUCUCUCCGGAAAACUAUGUGUGGGCUGCUCACGUGCUUUAUUGAAAUACUCCUAGAUGGAGACUUCUUACAGACUGUUCAGAAUACAGCAGGGAUGGCUGCACUUCUCUUUAUCAAGACUGUUGUGGACCAUGAUGAAUUGUUGCCAAAAUUGGUUCAUGAUCUGCUGUUUAAUUCCAUUCAAAGAGGUCGUGAUGUACCAGAAUGGCUAUUUCAGAGUUGUGAGCAACUUUAUAGUGCUCCUCCUCCUGAUGAUGUGGUUCUUUUCCUCAGCCAGGGAAUCCUGGCCAUGUUGGAUUGGAAAGGUGGGAAAAUGAGAGAAGGUGGUGAACGUCUACUAUUAGAUAUAUUGAUUGUUCUCCUGUCACUUAACAUACGUCUUGAUCCUUUCAACAAUCGAGGUGCUCUCGGAGCACUCAUGACUUGCUUGAGAGCAGCUAGAGCUCAAGGACUGUGGAGCACUGCUGAGGAAUCUUCAUGGGACCAACUGAUACCCAUUAGCCUGAUAAAGCAGGCUUUAGUUCAUAAACAUGAACAGGUCCGUUUAGAUGCUUUGGGCUUGCUAUGUGAGACCCGCUGUAGUACAGAAACUCUAUCACAACAAGAAAUAGCUUUAAUCAAGUAUUUUCUUCCAUAUAACAUGAACAGUCAGUCUCCUGCAAUGAGGCAGCAGAUUGUAUGGUUAAUGAAAAAGUUUUUCUCCAGGCUACGGGACAGUUCCCAAGUGCUUUAUAAGCAAACUCAGACUGUUAAGCAGAAGAAUACCCUGUGUGAAGAAAACACAAAGUCUCAGCAUGCAGAACAUCAGCUCCAACAAUACAAGGAUUUUAUGGUCUGGAUAUGUGACACACUCUUACAAGCUCUGUUUCCAGGUGCUUCAUUUCCAAGGAAAUUCAUUGUCUUGAGUCUCUUAGGAAUAAUUGCUGAGGUUUUUGAAAAUUUGGAGGGUCAGACCUAUAGAGUGAUGCAAAUAACUGAUGUCUUGAGGCCAGCCAAUGUUGAUGCUUUACUUGGGUGUUUGAGCAGCACUUUUGAAGAAUUGAAAUUACUGGCCUAUGACAUUUUGAAGAAACUUCCACCUACAGUUUUAGGAUUACAGGACAGUGAGAAAUUGCAAACACUUUUACAGACAGCUUUGGAUCUGUCAAUCAGUACCAAACCUUAUGAUUGCAUCACUGCUUCAUAUCUCCUGGCUCUUCUGGUACGGCAAGAAAGCUUAAUGUCAGCUUUAAACGCUUGCUCUUUGAAACAGCAGACUGGUUACCAUUUUGAUUACCUCAACAAGGUUCAUGGAAGGCAACCAAUGAAUAAUGAAGUACUAGAAACCAACGUUUUAGAAGUUACUAAAUACCUGCUAAUCUGUCUGUCAGAUGAGCUCAGACAGGCUGAAAGAUCACUGGUGCACACAGCAGCCUCCAACCCCUUAUACGGAAGAGUCCAUUGUAUUAUUGGAGCUCUGCAACAACUGUCCCUAAAGUCAGUAUUAAAAAUAGCAGAGUGGAGGGAGACUGUAGCAGAAUUGAUUUUAAUGGCCUUCCAUCUGUCUGCAAUUGUAUCUCCUAUUUGUCAAAGUUCCUCGCCUGAAGGACUAAUUCCAAUGGAUACAGACCUUGAGACAGCCAGAAAUCUACAGAAGAUUUUAAAUGAAAUAAAACCACGGGACACAAAUGAUUAUUUUGCACAUGCAAAACUGCUGAAAAGUGACGAAGACCAAGAAUUGAGCAAAAAUGCCUCUGAAGAUUGCAAACCUUCUGAAAAUUUGAGUGUGGCAAUGAUGGAUCAGGCGGGCCAGUCUUGCCAGGUUACUGCCCAGAUGGUUCUUGUAUGUUGCUGGAGAAGUAUGAAGGAAGUCUCCUUGCUUUUAGGCUUCUUGUGUCAAAAUUUGCCUCUUCAGUCAACACCUGACUUAAAGGAUGGGCUACUGAUGUUCCACCAGGUUGGAGAAAUUGGAGAGUACUUUAAAUGCCAGCUUCUACAAUCCAGACAUAGAGGUGCAUUUGAAUUAGCAUAUGUUGGAUUUGUAAAACUCACUGAAAUGCUUACCAGUUGUAAAAAUAGUGAUCUGCAGAAAUUACCGCAGCAGUGGUUAGAAGAAGUUCUACAUGAAGUUAAGUCCAGUAUCCCUACAUCCAAACUGUGUGCCACCCGACGUAGUGCUGGCAUUCCGUUUUACAUUCAGGCCUUGGUGUCUUCAGAACCUAGGGGGUCCAAUAUGAGUCUUCUGAAACUGACAAUGAAGGAACUGAUUUCGCUCGCCAUACCAUCAUCGAUUUGCCAAGAUGAGAAUGCCACCAUUCCACAGGUGCAUUCUUUAAAUAUCUUGAGAGCUCUGUUUAGAGACACUAAAUUAGGUGAAAAUAUCAUUCCAUAUGUGGCAGAAGGAAUACAAGCAGCCAUCCUCGGCUUUACGUCUCCUGUGUGGGCAGUGCGAAAUUCUUCUACUUUGUUGUUUAGUGCAUUGAUUACCAGGAUAUUUGGAGUCAAAAGAGGAAAAGAUGAACAUUCAAAGAAAAACAGGAUGACGGGCAGAGAAUUCUUCACUCGAUUUCCGACACUUUAUCCCUUCCUCCUGAAACAACUGGAGAUGGUGGCAAACACAAUGGACAGUGAUUCUGGUGUGCUGAAGCUCCAUCCUAACCUGUUCCUGUUGCUGCUUGUUCUGGGUCGGUUAUAUCCAUCACCCUUAGAUGGCACUUCCUCGGCUCUCAGUCUCGCACCCUUUGUGCCCUUCAUCAUAAGGUGUGGUCACUCACCUGUACAUCGCUCUCGUGAAAUGGCAGCUCGUGCAUUAGUUCCUUUUGUCGCAGUGAAUCAAAUACUUCCUAUGGCAAUGUCCUUGAUGGAAACCUUACCUGCUGCCACAGAUCUUCACAUACGACAGAACCACAUCCAUGGGAUACUGCUGCAGUCACUUCAUUUACUGCGGUCUUACUUUGACUCAAAACAAAGGAUGAAUUCAAGCCUUCCCCAAGAGUUACAUGACAUCAUAGCUUGUACCAGGGCCAAAGUCUGGUUGGCAACUCAGCAGAACCCUUGUUUCCUUACCAGAGCAACCUUUCUUGAUGUCAUCAAUAUCUUUUGUCAUCAGUUGGAUAAGUCAAAAACGAGAGACCCAGAGAUCUUAAACUUCUGGCAGACUGCCCACAAUGUUAUUUUGGAAUCAGAACUAUUUACAGAUGAGCACAAGUUUUCUCCAGUACCUGGACUGAUUCAGUGGCAAAGAAACAUUACCAAACUAACAUUGUCAGUAUUGGGAAUAUCAGUUUCUCCACAAGCAAUGUCAUUGUCACCAGAUGCAGUUCAUAAAUUGACUUCUGGAACUGCUGAAGUUCAAUCCAACCUGUUGCUUUCUCAUCUCCUACGUUCAGAAUUUCUUGAAGUACGUUUGCUGACCCUGGAAACAGUGUUGUUGUGGCUGGAGGAGAUGGAUUCCAACCAGGUCAAAGAGACAAAUGGGAAUGUACUGUUCCUGUUAUCACAAGUUGAGGACACUCUGAAAAAGCUAGCAAUGCAGGAAAAACAUCCAGAAUGUCUUGCCAAGGUCCUGAAAAUAUUGUGCCUUCUAAAUAUAGAGAAACUGUUUCCCUGGAUCGCGAAUGCAUCAGUAAUGAGUGAGGCCAAACUUCUCAAGUGGAUCUUGUCAAUUACAGAAACUGUAAAAAACAGUGAAACAGAUACCAUAAGAAGUUUCAGACCUUGAGUUUUAUCGCAAACACUUCUGUAUUGAAAAUCAACUAAGGUCAGAGACAGGAUUAUCUGCCAAUUCU